AUGGCUGGAACUAUGCCACUUCGACCGACGUACGUCGGUUUCGUCCGGGACACUACUGAUGCCCUCCUCAUUUUUGAGGCAUGUCUCUCUGGCACACUCUCUCAUGUUCCUCGUCGACCACAUGACCGUGAGCGUCAAGAUCUCAUCAAGAGUGGCAAUAUCUUCGUCUACGAAGAGCAUGCUUCUGGAAUCAAGCGCUGGACCGACAGCAUCUCAUGGAGCCCUAGCCGCAUCCUGGGCAACUACCUCCUCUACCGCGAGCUUGAAAAGCCCUUCCCACCCGGAGAAAAGAAGCGCGCCAGGGGGAGGAACGGCAAGUCAACCACGCAAUCCGGAGGCAUCUCAAAAGCCCGACAACGGAACACUGUCCCUUUCCCACAAGGCCUCGAACAUGGUAAUGAGUAUCCUUCUGUGCCCAGUGAUGAUGAGCGCCAUCUGGUCGGCUCGCUAGUCGACUCGUACGACUUCAAGGAACAAGGACUGGUCAAGAAGACAAUCAGCAUUACCUACCAAGGCGUGCCUCACCACCUCGUUAGCUAUUAUAAUGUGGAGGACGUCAAGGCAGGUCUGUUGUCUGGUCCUUCGGACGACCCCAGACUCCGCGGCGUUGUCCCUCGCACCGAGCUCAUGAAUGGCCAGAACUUCCGCGCCCCGGUUGAGGAAGCAAUGGGCGGCAGCUACAUGCCAAGCAUGGUUGCCUCUAUCGGCUAUCCGACACUCCAACACCAGUCACAGAUGCAUCAGUCACAGAUGCACCAACCACAGAUGCACCAGCCACAGAUGCACCAGUCACAGAUGCACCAGUCACAGAUGCACCAGCCACAGAUGCACCAGCCACAAGCGCACCAACCGCAAGUGCAUCAGCCGCAAGUGCAUCCGCCUCAAGUGCAUCAGCCACAAGCACACCAACCACAGUACCAGUCACAGACGUUGCACCCAACACAUGGUUACCAACAGACCUAUGCUGGUCAGCCUAACGCGCCUUCUUCAACGUGGUGGUAG